CCUCUCCGAUUGAAAAAAGAUGAGCCGUAUACUAAAAGCACCGUUGGGUAUGCUUUUGCUGCUUUCGUGCGCCCUCAAUGCCUCGGCGCACGGCGGCAAGGAGCAUGCACAAGUCGACGUUCCCCCGGACGCUGAUUGGGCGACUCGACACAUGGCUGAGGAGCAUCAUAUAGCCGGUUUCGACGCCGAAUUCUUCUUCCGCCUGCACGACUAUGACAACACUGGUCUCUGGGCAGCCAUGGACAUUCGACGCACCUACGGCCUCGAAGACCCGUCUAGCGCCUCAAUAUCUGACGCUAAAAAGCAAUUGGUCGUUCAAACUAUUCUCGAUAUGUUCGAUAUAAACAAAGACGGCGUAAUCACUCUGGAAGAAUUCGCCAAAAAGGACGCCGAAGGCACCAAGCUACCGGACUUUGGUCUAGGCCCAGGACACCACGGCGAUGACGAAUACGAAUAUGAAAUUCACCACUGGGAGAAGUACCAUAGCGGAGACGACGUCAAGGAGGAGGACCUGAAUCACCCCGAGGACAUUGCGCACUUCAAGAUGCACGAGGAGAAAGAGGCUAGACAGGAGGAGUGGGAGAGGCUGGAGCUUAGGGGUGUCGUGGAAAAGAACAUUCCCGAGAAGUUCAGGAGACAUCGAUGAUCUACCAAGCGCUUACUGGGAGUAUGUUUCCUGUUGACAGGUAUUUGGAAAUACACAAAGCGUAACGAGAUAUGCGAAAGAGUGUGGCAAGCAUCCGGCUAUGCUUCUGCAUAUAUGGACGAUGUAAAAACAUGAAAUAACUACGAACCAAACUAUGUAAUGGAUACCUAAUAUGGAUUGUACUAAAGUU